CGGGAGGGUUGGGGGGAAGGGAUCUGGGCCUAGAACAACUGCUGACUAAUCGGCGGGUAGCGCGGGAUUGGGAGGGGGUGGCGCGCCUGUUGGUCUGCCAGGGUCACGCGCCUUGGUGUGCACGCAGUGGGUUUGAGGCACCUUGGCGUUCGACCAGAGUGCUGACUCCCAGCGGGGGGUCCCACCUGGCCUUCCGGGUAGGUGGGCAUACUCCGCAAAGUGGAAACUGAGGCCCAAGAAAACUGAGGACUUUUUCCAAAGUCACAAAGCUGAGUUCGACUUAGAUCCUGGAAUCCCUCCCACCCCCAACCACCAUCCCAAAGUCUUCCUGUGCUUGACUUCCUAUUCUAUACUCCUGGCUUCCCAGCAAGCAGCAGCACACAGUCCUAGGACCACCUUGACCAUCCUCAAUCAAACAAACCAUGCAUACGAGGGGGUCUCCUCGCCUGCUGUUUCCAGCGCUGCCUCUUGCCUCCUCUGUCUUGAUGCUGCUGAUGACUAGCCUUUGGCUGAUGGGAGCUGGCCCCAGCCUCACCCUGGCCCCGGAGUUGCUGCUGGACCCCUGGCAGGUGCACCGGCUGCUGACUCAUGCCUUAGGCCACGUGACCCUGCCAGGCCUGCUCCUGAGCCUGCUGCUGCUGUCUGCUCUGGGCUGGUGGCAGGAGCACCACCUGGGCACACUGCGCUUCCUGCACACCUCCACCCUCCUCUCCCUGGCCAUUGGGCUGCUGGCUGCGCUGCUGGCAGGCCUUGGGGUAUCUAGUGCAGGUGGUGGCAGUGGAUACAUGCCAGUCCAUCUGGCCAUGCUGGCCGGGCCGGGUCACUGCCCUCGAUGGUUUUGGGGGGUGCUGCCACCAAGGCUAUUGCCCUGGCUGCUGCUUGCCUUGACUCCAUUGCUCUGCUCUGAGCCACCCUUCCUGCAGCUCCUCUGUGGCCUCCUUGCUGGCCUGGCCUAUACGACUGGAGCCUUCUGGUGGCUGGAGCUCUCAGAGCGGCGACUGCAGAUGUUGCAGGAGAGCUUCUUGUGUAGGACUCUGGCCCGGUGCUGGCCGCUGAGGCUCUUUCCCACCCCAGGCAGCCUAACUGAACUGCCUGUCACCCAUCCUCCUGGAGUGAGGCCUGCUGUCCCUGCCCCUCCUUACCUAGCUUUCCCUCCCUCCUGGUCUCAAAAUGAAUGUCCAGCUAGGCUUCCACCAGGUCUGGGGCCUGUGCCGCUGACUUGGAAGGGUUCCUCGGAGGUAGAUCUGGACUGGGCCAGGUCCAACUUUGCUCCAGGGACCCCACUGUGGAUGGCUCUGGAUGAGCAGAUGCUGCAGGAGGGAAUUCAAGCUUCACUCCUGGAUGGGCCAGUUCAAGGGCCCCAGGGCCCCCUGUGGCUGCCUAAGUCCUCUGUUUCUUCUCUGCGGCUGCAGCAGCUGGAGCGCAUGGGUUUCCCCACAGAACAAGCCGUGGUGGCACUGGCAGCUACAGGCCAUGUGGAAGGUGCUGUGUCCCUUCUGGUUGGAGGGCAGGUGGACACAGGGGCUUUAGUGACUGAAGGGAGGGGGUUACCUGCCAACCCAAAGGGUCCUGGGCCCCCCUAGCAGAGGACAGGGGCACAGGCCCUGCCUGAGGGCAGAUAACCUGAGUCCCGUUGUCUACUGAAGACCAUGUUUGGUACAGGGAUGCCCCCCAUUGGCAUGAUGUCUUGGUACUUGUUUAUAAUAAAAGCCAGUGCUUUUUAGCCUGGACUCUUUGGA